AUGCAGCGAUACCUGGCUCAGACUCCUCAAGAUGAUGCGGGAACGUAUGCUCGGCUGGUGCGAGUUCGGGAGUAUCCAUUCGAGGAUAGAGGUUACGCAUCUAUCAUUAUUCACUGCAUCCUGGCCCAAGAAAAAAUUGCGCAGCUUGAAAAGCCUCUGAUAGAAGAAGCCAAUGCUUCUCUCGAUUGUCCUCAGCUCACUACCUGUUGCCCCUUUAUUGCUUCUAGCAAAUUAUCUUGGGCAUACCAUAUUCAUUUCGGCCAUCUCAAGUUGGAAUUCCAUCCGCACCAUAUCAAGUCGUCUGAGACUCUAUAUGCAAAUGAAAAAUGGCAACAUCAAAAGAGCAUAUCUUGUUCGGCCCCAGGAUGCUCUAUGACAUUCUUUGGAGUUGAUGCGCUAUAUCAAUGGCUGGAUCAUAUUAGCGUACACAUGGAGCAGCUUGCCACUCCUCGCGAUCCGCAGGCCACAUCUAAGGCUGCGAAAGGCAGCGUUAAGCCCCUUCAAUUGCCAAACGAUUCCGAUACUAGAAUCACCCACGAAUACGAGCCCAAUGGGCAGCUCAUCUUGCAGGAAUCCCUUUGCGAGCUGCUGCAGCGCUCUAGUCUUGAGGACGAUCCUACGAGCACUGAUCAGCCAGAAAGUCGCCGAACUUUCUCCCCCACGUCCCCAACAGCCAUCUCGGACUACGCACAAACCGCUGAAGGAAACCUCAUAGUCAAUUCCGGAAUGAACAAUCAUUAUUCGAAUCAGAAUUAUUUAGAAAGCCAGCUACUGCCUCGCCGUUUGGCUCGAGAUGUAGCUUAUUCCUUCAACAAUCAUCCACAAAUGGAACAACAAGAACAAGAACAUCAUUCAAAUAUUUCAGAUUACUCAUCUAUAUCUUCAUUUUCGUCUUUCGAAGAGAUAUUUUCGCUCAAAAACUCAUCUAACAAUGAUACCAAUUCGGUCUCAAUCCUCAUUAGGGGGGAUGAUGAAGAAGCAGUUUUAUAUAACGCCGAGGCGGAACAAGUUUCCCGCUCAGAUUUGGUUAAUGAGUUUGCACGGUUUACUAUGUCAUGGUUUAUAGCCUGGACUGCAAAUCGGCGAAACAAUAUGGACUCCAAUUCACACGAUCAAGAGAUUCAAGCUUAUGAAAGACAGAAAAGCGGCCGAUGCGAAUGUGGAAAUAGGCGGAAACGUACUAGAGAAAAUGGCCAUGGCGGAAGGAACAAAAAACAACAAAAAAGAGAUGACAGCGAUGAAGAAGAUGAUCAUGACGAUAACAAACGCAAUAUUCCCUCUAUUGCAAAGAGUAUACCCAACAAAGACCCAAAAGACUUGGCCUGCCCAUUUUUCCAGAGGGACCAAUCAAGUUUUGGGCAUGGCAGAUGGAAACUAUGCGCCCAUGGCUCAUGGAAAAACUAUCAUAGAGUCAGAGAACAUGUAUAUCGUAAGCACAUACUUCCAGAGUAUCACUGCGACAGAUGCUUCGAAGAUCUCAGAGAUGCUCAGACUUUACUACAGCAUCAAAGUCCAUUACAGUGCGAACAAACAGCGCUUCUAUAUGCAACGGCAGAUCGAAUCUCUCAGCUAAAGAUGCCAAUGAAACGGGGAAUUGAAGAAUGUGAAAAAUGGGAAAAUAUGUAUCGCAUAUUGUUUCCUAGAGAUACUCAUAUCCCUAGCCCAUUUAAAGAGCAGCCAUUUUACAUCACUGAAGAAAUGAGAGUCUUGGCCGCAGAAAUUGAACGGAUUUGCAACUCUUCGUUUUCGGAUCCUCGCGCACAAAUGGAGCAAAUCAGGGGUAUCGCUGAACAGACAAUACGGAACAAUGCAACCAGUACAGACAUUGGGGCACCUGGAUAUGUUGGGACACCAAAUGUUCCAUCUACUCAUGAAUCAAUCAUGGAGUACAGGGGGCUAUCUGGAUUAGUCAUGGGCGAUUUACUUGCUGAAGAUCUAAUUCCAGCACUUGGCGGCCAAGAUAACCCCGCAUCUCAUACAUUGGAGUCACCUAAUAAUAUGGAUACUUAUUUUUUGGGAAAUUAUUUCCAAGUGGGCGAUGCACCUUACGCUGAACAAUUAUUUUUUGCAAGAGAUACUUCAGACGAUCAAGAUAUAUCUCAAACAGGAGGCACGCCUAAUGGUACCGAUGAACCAUCAUUGUGGAGAUGA